UGCGUCGUCGUCUUCAGUCGAUCUGUGUGGUUGAAUUCUUCAUCCCCAUAUGUUUUUCGGUUAAAGAGACAUUCACUGGAAAAGAGACAGAGUCGCGGCUCAUUGAGCAACGCUCUUCCCUCCUCCCAGGAUCAGGGCCUGGCGGACGUGUAGACGCUCUAUUAGAAUCCGUCUACCGCCCCGUCCUGAACUGGCGAUCUCCCCCUCCCUCGCCAUUAUGCCGUCGUUCUUCGCCCCGGGCCUCCAGGGCCUGCCCCCUACUCCUCCUCACAUCCUCAGUGGUGCUGGAAUGGAAAAUGAACCUCCUUUCUACGUGGUCGGACAGUCUGCGUUCCCACCCCGUUACUCUCAGAACGGUUGUGAGUUCAUCGAACAGUACUCUCAGUCUACCGGUUAUGCGAAAACCGGUCCGAUGAACCUGCACGCGCAGUCCGCCCAUCCCAGAGAUCUGGCCUCCGCCACUGCCGCUGUCCAUCCCGCGAUGGCCCCCCAGUUCUCCCAGUCCAUGUUCGGUCCGAUGGCCACCGCCAACGUGCUGCCCCCCAUCCGGAACAACGUCCAGCUCCCGCCGAUGGAGAACGCGAUCUCGCAGCAGUACGGUCGACAAGACAUGAUGGCGCCCUCGGACCGACUGGGGAAGGAGGAAAAGCCCACUGGAGGUGUCGCCGCCUAUUUGGACUACGAGAUGGACCAGAUGUCCGACUUUGUGGCUGAGAUGGCCCAGGGAAUCGUCUGCCCAGGAACCUCGGUCCCACCUCAAUUUCGGAAAUACGUCUAUCAGAUCUUGUCCUCGACCCGUCUUCCCAGCUCCACCAUCCUUUUGGGACUUUAUUACUUGGCCUGCAGAAUGCGCAUGCUCUCUGCCAAGAAGGUCUACGCGGCAGGCAGUGGCCAGGUUUACCGCAUGCUCACUGUUGCGCUAUUGCUGGGAAGCAAGUUUUUGGAUGACAAUACCUUCCAGAACAAAUCGUGGGCCGAGGUGAGCAACAUUCCCGUGGCGGAGCUGAACUCUAUGGAACUCGACUGGCUUUUUGCGUUCGAGUGGAAGAUCCAUGACCGGAUCCACGACAAGCAAGAUGGAUUCGACUCGUGGCUUUUGCAUUGGAAAACAUGGCGUGCCAAAGCAGCCGUUCGCGCUCAGGAGUCGCGUACCGUUCUGGCACCCAUUGACACCAAUAUCACUCGUGGCCCCAUGGUCAGCCACAAUAGCAGCCGUAGCAGCAGCAGCAACAAACAGCCUCUCAUGUCGCCCGAAGGUCCUAUUCCCCCACAAUACCAGCGGCGCUCGCCUCUCGAAAACUCGUGGCUCAACCCGACGGCAUCGGAGUAUUCGCCGCCAUCUGCUCCUCAGAGUGGCCCGACUACGCCUGAUUACUACUCCGCCAACCCUUGGGCAUACACGAAUGCUCCGUACUCGCGCGCGUGGAUGCCGCCUCAACAAUCGUAUCUGCCACCGUCGACGUCGCGAUCGCAAGUCCCGUCCUAUCAUCAUACACCUUCCUACGGUUUGCCGUUUGCUCAGAGCGUGUGGACUGGACACGGUUCAUCCUGCGCUUGCAUGUACUGUGCCAAGCAAAUGGAUCAGUACAUGUUCUCCAACGCCUUUGGCGCAAUGCAGCCGAUUAUGGCUUAACAUGUUGCUUCUUUGAUAGCUUACCGCUUACAACGGUAAACUUCAUUGCUGAUCGUGCUUUCUUCGUUUAUUCUUUUCUAUCUGAAACUAAAAUUCUUUCGAUAUCUCGGUUAUGCUUUUUCUUGUCCUCUAUUGUCUGCGCUUCGAUGAUACCGAUUUUCUUGUUCAAUUACCGUUUCUGUGACUAUUUCCGCAUUUUUGCUCCAUUUACGGUUUCCAACGCGCCUCUCCGCGUCGGCCGACAAAAGUAUUCUUGUGUGUUUUUGGCAAUGUCCGCGAAG